GGGGAGGAAAGCCGGGGACGUGUCGUGCCCACUGCUCAGUGUUCAUCGUUAGGCAAAGCGGACGAUAAGGCCGAGCUGGGAGCGCCCUUGCCAUGGCCACGUCGUCGCCCUUCUCUCUAAUUCCUGCUUCUUCCUGCCAGAAAACUCCUGCCCCUUGUCGUCGUCUAAAACUACCAUGGCCCCUAAAGACUAGAAUUUCGAGGUUUCCGAAGUCCACACCAAACACCAUUGUCCGUGCCACGUUUGGCCAGAAGAACGCAUUACAGUACAGGAAGCUUGGCGACUCUGACCUUAACAUCAGCGAAAUCACUCUUGGCACUAUGACAUUUGGGGAACAGAAUACCGAGAAAGAAGCUCAUGAUAUGCUUAGCUAUGCGUUUGAGCAUGGCAUUAAUGCUCUAGAUACUGCUGAAAUUUAUCCAGUUCCACCGAAGCAAGAGACACAAGGAAGAACAGAUCUCUAUAUUGGUAGCUGGAUGAAGUCUCAAUCUCGCGACAAGAUUAUUUUAGCAACAAAAGUAAGUGGUUAUUCUGAGCGGACAACCUAUCUUCGUGACAAUGCAAAAGUUGUGCGGGUUGAUGCUUCAAAUAUUAGAGAAAGUGUCGAGAAAAGUCUCAAGCGCCUUGGCACUGAUUAUAUUGAUUUGUUGCAAAUUCACUGGCCAGAUCGCCAUGUAGGAUUGUUUGGAUCUUCCUAUGACCCUUCAAAAUGGAGGCCCAGUGUUCCGUUUGUGGAACAACUGCAAGCUUUUCAAGAACUUAUUAAUGAGGGAAAGGUGCGCUACAUUGGCGUAUCUAAUGAGACCUCGUAUGGAGUGAUGGAGUUUGUCCAUGCAGCUAAAGUUGAAGGGCUUCCAAAGAUUGUCAGUAUCCAAAACAGCUAUAGUUUGCUUGUUAGAUGCAAUUUUGAAGUUGAUCUUGUGGAAGUUUGCCACCCAAAAAAUUGCAAUAUAGGCUUGCUAGCCUAUUCCCCUCUAGGUGGUGGAUCACUGACAGGAAAAUAUAUUGAUAUAAAUUCCGAAGCAGCAAGAAAGGGAAGGUUUAACCUCUUCCCCGGUUACAUGGAAAGAUAUAACAAAUCUGCUUCACAGGAAGCAGCAAUGAAAUAUUUGGAGCUGGCCGAGAAGCAUGGCCUAACUCCAGUUCAGCUUGCACUUGGGUUUGUAAGAGAUCGCGUAUUUGUGACUAGUUCGAUUAUUGGUGCAACCUCCGUUGAUCAGCUCAAAGAAGACAUUGAUGCUUUCACAGAAACUGAGCGCCCUCUUCCACCGGAGGUCAUGGCUGAUAUUGAAAAUGUUUUCAGGAGAUACAGAGAUCCUACCACUAACCUUUAAAUUUAACUGCUUCCAAGAUUUUUUUUUUUUUGGUUUCCUUGUACGGUUUUCCCGUUGGAUUUACUCUCUAAAAUUGUUUG